CAUAAAUGUCGCAUUUAAAUGGACCAGAAAGCUGGAUGAAAUAUAAGCUUACAGAAGGGAUCGAAGGAGAAGAAAAGACGGCGACACGACAACGAUGCGAUGCGCCUCCCUACCUCAAAGGCAGAACAGAACGAUGCAUCUCCUUCUCUGCCUCCGAAGUGCUCAACUGUCUUCUAACCGUUUCCUGCUCUACCUCCGGACCUCAAAGGCAGAACAGAACAAUGCAUCUCCUUCUCCUUUAUCAGCCAUCUCUCUCCAUCUCUUCCUCAUCCCAUCAACGCAGUAAGAAAGACGACAACGAUGCUGACCUCUAGGAUGGGUACAGUCUUCACUAUUGCCUUCCUCAGCCUCAGUCUUUCUUCUUUCACCUUCCCCAUCGUCGCCGCACACAAGAAGAGCCAUGACCGCAUUAAUGCUCCCCUGCUCACUUCAAAGAUCGCCGCGAAUCGCUCCAUCAUCGUCGGCCCGUCGGAGGAAUUCAAGACGGUGCAGGCCGCCAUCGACGCCGUGCCGGAGGGCAACAAGGAGUGGAUCGUCGUCCACCUCAGGGCCGGCAUCUACAGGGAGAAAGUAGUGAUCCCGGAGGACAAAGAUUACAUUUUCCUUCGAGGAAGUGGAAAAGGAAGAACCGCCAUCGUUUGGGACGACUCCUCCACCAACAACACCCUCUCCUCCACCUUCAUAGUUUGGGCCGACAACUUCGUCGCCUUCGGCAUUAGCUUCAAGAAUGAUGCCACAAUGGGCGUCGCCAACACGCCUUACAACCAGUCGGUGGCCGCCAUGGUGGCUGGCGACAAGGCCGCCUUCUACCACUGCGCCUUUUACAGCGCUCACAACACCCUCUUCGACUACAGAGGCAGGCACUACUACGAGAGCUGCUAUGUUCAGGGCAACAUCGAUUUCAUCUUCGGCCGAGGACAAUCCAUUUUCCAGAGUUGCGAGAUAUUUGUUCUACAAGACAGCAGGAAGAAGAUACUCGGCUCGAUCACAGCUCAAAACAGGGAAUCUGCUGAUGAAACCAGUGGCUUCGUCUUCCACAAGGCAAAAGUUUAUGGCGUCGGCGAUGUGUAUUUGGGUCGAGCAAAAGGAGCUUACUCUCGCGUGAUUUUUGCGGAGACUUACCUCUCCAAGACGAUCACUCCAAGAGGGUGGACUAAUUGGAGCUACGAUGGGGAAACCGACAAUUUACUGCACGGCGAGUACGAGUGCCAUGGUCCGGGAAGCGAAUUGGGUUCUCGAGUUUCCUGGUCGCAGCAGCUGACGAAGGAAGAGGUUUCGCCUUUCUUGAGCAUUGAUUUCAUCGAUGGAAAGGAAUGGCUGCCAGCGUAUUAUUGACUCGAACACUUUUUUCUUUCCCCUAAUGUUUGUAAAUUGAUAAUGAAGCAUGGCAAAAUUUCGAGCAA